GUCCAAGACCAAGCUAAGUGACCCUGAGAUCCAUGCAAUGAAGGUUGGCGAGCGAAGGGUGUUGAUCGACAAGUUGUUGGCGUCAUCUAUAUGGGAGUCCAAGGAAGCGAAGGUUGAAAGGCCACAAAUGAAGGAGGGUGACGUGUGGGACGGGGCCGCCUACCUAAACUUGGGAGCUUACCAGCAUGGUGGGAUUACAAGCAUCACGUCUGCCACGGAAAAGUUUGCGCAGGAGACGGAGCUGGCAGCUAAGUUGCUUGCGCUGGACCACCCUGACAAGGUCUUCACGUCAAUCGCCUUGGUAAAGAACGCCCUGAUGCCAGUACACAAGGAUUCCUUCAACCUCAAGUCCACGGUGAACCUUAUUUCUCCGCUAAAGACUGCAAAGGGAAGCUCUGUUUGGCAGGAAAUGAGGACAAGGGAGUACUUGCCGGAGAUGGGUGGAGAACGUUUGGACAGCAUGGUGGUUCCAGGAGGACGAGUUGAGCUGCGUCUGAGGUGGGCCAUCAAGUACUGCCCGGACAAUCGGGAUGUGGAGGAGGUUGUGAUGACUUCUACACCAUUGCUGCCCUUAGGAUAUGAGGAGGAGCAGCGAUUGAGAAGCCGUGUCACGUGGCUAUCAGAGUUUGUGGAGGAAGAGCGACAAAUCAGAGGUCGCCAGGCGGAGCGGGGUGAGUAUGCCACGCAGCGGGAGAGGGUGCUCUUCUACAAGCUCGAUGAAGCGAUCGACUACAUGAAUGAGUUGCUUUCAAGGAGUCAUCAAGUUCGUGAGGAGAACAAUGUGAACCUCACGAGGCUUACGGCUACACCAGAACCAACUCCAGAGGUCGAAGACUUGCUGACGGAGCUCAGCAAGCCUUUGGACACAGUCCAUACUGUGGAGCUUCAGGAAGUUCGAAGGCAUCUACACAAGUGGACACCAAGCAUUGCCAAGGAG